CUAGGGUUGAUUUCCGCCCCCAAUUCACACGCGACUAGCAGCUUCUCCCUCUCCAACUCUUUUAAGUGUUGUUAGCCCAAUCGAUCAACAUCCUACCGAUCAGAAUCACUGACAAAUGGGAGUGUUUACGUUCGUCUGCAAAGGAUCCGGCGCCGAAUGGUCGGCUAAGCAGCUCAACGGCGACCUCGAGGCUUCAGCUGACAGCACUUUCGACCUUCAGCGUAAGCUCGUCCAAGCCGCUCUCUCGGCCGACUCCUCCGGUGCCGUUCAGUCUUCCUUCUCCUAUGUCACCCCUUCCUCCGCCGUGUUCCAGGUGAUCGUUGGAGGAGCUGUAGGUGGUGGUGCAUUCAUUGGAGGAGGUGCAGCUGCUGCGCCAGCAGCUUCCGGUGGUGGUGCAGCUGCUGAGGCACCACCCGCUGAGGAGAAGAAGGAAGAGAAAGAGGAGAGUGAUGACGACAUGGGAUUCUCACUCUUCGAUUAGGUUAAUUGUUUGUUUGCUUCAUAGUUACAUUCUUGCGUAGUUCUCAGUGUUUCUACUUAAUUGAAACUGAAGUUUUGAUAGUACUGGAUUAUUGGAUUUCGAGUUUAGAGUUCAGAGUUUUACCGAGUUGCCUGUGAAUUUGGUCACAAUAUUUAUAUUUAAAAUUUAUGGUGGUUUCAGUAUGUCUCUUUUGUGGAAUUUUAUCUACCUUCUCUUUGGUAGUGGUAUUGGAUUCCAAUAUUUCUUUCUC